AUGGGUUCAUUAGUUGCCAAGCUUCUUCUCCCAACGAUCAGCAGCCUCGUCUUCCUCCCGACCAUCAGCAUUGCAGCCAAGCGAAGAUUCCACAUGGAAGCUAUGGUUUAUUUCUUCACUAUGUUCUUUGUUGCGAUUUACCAUGCAUGUGAUGGACCUGGUUUGUCAGUGCUGUGUUUCAUGCGAUAUGAUAUCCUGGAGUAUUUCAGCAUCUACGGGACGGCUUUGUCCAUUUGGGUAUCACUGAUGGCUCUGGCAGAGUUCGAUGAGCCUAAAAGAUCGACCUUUGUGAUGUUCGGCGUGCUCACUAUAGCCGUGAGGAUUUACCAUGACCGAUGGGGAUAUGGCGUCUACUCGGGACCAAUCGGGACGGCCGUCCUUGUGAUAACCGUGAAAUGGCUGCAGAAGAUGAAAGAGAAGAGAGGCCUCUACCCAGACAAGAGCGUCUACACGCAACAGAUAGGCCCAGGCUUCUGCUUUGGGGCGUUAGCACUCAUGCUGAGAUUCUUUUUUGAGGAGUGGGAUUACACCUAUGUGCAUAGCUUCUACCAUUGUGCCUUGGCCAUGUCCUUUGUCCUGUUGCUGCCCAAGGUGAACAAGAAGGCAGGGAAUGCAGGAAACCCCGCCAAACUGGACUGCUCCACUCUCUGCUGCUGCGUGUGA